GUAGUAGUACGUGUUUAAAUUUCAGCUUGUAAUGCUAGAAAGUUAAGAUACAUAUACGAAUAGAGUGGAAUAAUUUGCAGUUUUUUCUUUUAACUAUAUUGUUCAUCAAAAAUUAUCUUUAAGCUGUCAUGCGCAUCAAGACUGAGAGAAAUCAGCACACUCCACCAUCUAGAAGUAUUAGCAAGGAAUAUGACAGCAUUGAAAUGGAUAGGCUAUGGCGGCCUGUUUUUGAAAAGUACGAUUCUGACAAUGAUGGGUGGAUCCCACUGGAUGAACUGAAAAGGAUUCUCCAGUCAGAUCCAUCUGAGAUCAGCUCUGAUUUUCCUGAAGAUGUUUUGGAUGAAAUUUUGGAAAGAGCUGACUGGGACCACAAUCGAAUGCUGAGCUAUGAGGAGUUUCUUCGAAUGGUUCAUGCCAUGGAGUUGGGCUCUGCCAGACCAAAGUUUCAGAGACUCGUGAGGUUUGCAGCAAUGGCAGUAGUACCGAGAACCGAACGAGCUACCACAGUGCGAAGAUAUCUGGAGCAGUACAGUUGUAUGCCUCCUCCACUGUUUAUGAUUGUAGCUAGUUUGGGAGAGUUGGGUGUUUUUAUUUAUUACUGUGCAAAACUGAAAGAACUGAGUGCUGCUGGUCCCGUUCCCAUCGAAAGCUCCCUUAUCUACAAUCCUUACCGUCGCAACGAGGCCUGGAGAUUCAUCACGUACAUGCUUAUUCAUGCUGGAGCUGUUCAUAUUUUUUUCAACAUUAUAAUCCAGUUGUUAUUGGGAAUACCCUUGGAGAUGGUGCAUAAGUGGUGGAGGGUUGGGCUUCUCUAUCUUGCUGGUGGAUUAGCAGGAUCUUUGGGUUCAUCAAUAUCUGAUCCUUCUACAUUCCUGGCUGGUGCCUCUGGUGGAGUAUAUGCAUUAAUAGCUGCCCACUUGGCCAAUGUUAUAGUAAAUUUUAAAGAAAUGGAGUUUGCUUGGUUUCGAUUGGCUGCUUUGUUCAUUUUUGGAGGCACUGACGUUGGGGUUGCCCUCUACUAUCGUUAUUAUGGGAAUGGAGAUAGUCGUACAAGUUACGCUUCACAUUUCGCUGGUGCUUUGGGAGGUCUCCUGCUGGGAGUGAUAACCUUAAAGAAUUUGAAAGUUCACAGCUGGGAGAAAAAACUUGGAUGGAUAAAGAGGAUUACAUGGUUGACGGGAUAAAACGUCAAGACAGCUGAUGACGUGUGAC